AUGGCCUCCUCCUCCUCCUUCCGCGCAACUCACCUCCCGGACUCAUACCUCGCGAAUCUGCCGCCCGACUCGGAGAUCUCCAUGUCUACCCUAGUCGCGGAGCAAGACCGACUAGCGGAUGAGGCGAGGGAGGCUAUGCCUUAUGCGUUCGACGAGUGUACUUAUGGGAGGGGAUAUCUGAGGCAGAGCGUGUGGAGCUGUAUAGACUGCGGUAGCCGAGGAGUCUGCUAUGGCUGCUCCAUAUCCUGCCAUUCUGACCACAAGCUCGUCGAACUCUGGACGAGGCGCCACUUCCGGUGCGACUGUCCGACGACCUGCAUGCAGCCCGAACCUUCCGCGUCUGCCCUCCCUGGCUCCACCUCGGCGAAGCGGAGAAGAUGUACCCUGAACCCACCGCAGAUCCAGCCAGCAGAAGACAACUCGGAGAACCGGUACAACAAGAACUACAAGGGCGAGUUCUGCCGCUGCGGGAGGGAGUAUGACCCGUUGGUCGAGACGGAGGGGAUGCUUUGCUGUAUAGGCUGCGAGGACUGGUUCCACGAGUCUUGCUUGAACCUUCGACCGCUUCAACCUCCUACAGUCGACCCAGAGGAAUCCUCCGUCAAGGCCUAUCCUCAGCCAGAUCAAGCUGGGAUCGAUGUUCCAACCUCGACUGCUACACCUAUAGGCGCCAUGGCGGUACCGGCAGAAAACCAGGGAGCGGACGAGGAGGACGACGACGACGAAGCGGGUAUCCUCAUCCCCUCGGAAAGCUACGACGGCCUCAUCUGCGCGGCGUGCGUAGCCGAUCAUCCGGCCUUAUCUUCGAGGGUUGGGAAGGAGGGCUGGAUGACGAUCGUCCCCGACGGCAAAGGCGGGUACGAGGUGAAGGGACGGCCGGCUACAUCGACCGGGGAGGCCGAGGACGGGACGGUAGAGCAGACGAGGAAGAGGCGGAUGGCAGAGAGUCUGAUGCCUGGGGACGCGAAGCGGAUCAAGCUGGACGAUGUGGGCGAGCAGACGGUAUCUGGGAAGACAGGGAAGGGGGAUGUUUUCCUCGUGGAGGGAGAGCGGGAGAAGUUGAAGUUGGAGCUAGACGCUGAAAGUACAAAAGCACUGCCGUUCCCCCUGGACGAUGAGGAGAUCUACGAGCCGCGAAAGGACGACGAUAAAGAAGAGACUCUGGACGAAGUCACCGCUCGUGUGGUCGAUAAUCUCCCAAGGGCUCAGGCUAUCGAGGCGGUUCAAGGGUAUCAGCGUCUCAAGGAUCGGCUUCAGUCAAUGCUCUCUACGCAUGCACUCAAUGGGCGGGUCGUCAGUAGAGACGAUAUUGAGGAGAUGUUCAGAGAGCUGCGCGGGGCUGCCAACUAG